AUGGUCAAACACCACGACUUCAAGCGUUGUGACCAGUCUGGCUUCUGUAAGAGAAAUAGAGCUCUUGCGGAUUCUAUGACAGAGAAGGGCAACCCUGACUCCUCCCCCUACCAGUUGGAUGCGGCCUCCGUCAAGUUCAAGGACGGCCGCUUGGAAGGCGCCAUUAUCAAAUCGCUGGUCGACGGUGACGCAGUUAAACUGCCCCUGACGAUAACCUUCCUGGACCGCGGCAAUGUUCGGGUCACUGUCGACGAAGAAAAGAGGAGGAAGGGCGAGAUUGAGCUGCGGCAUGGCAGCGCCGCUAGAAAGGAGAGAUACAACGAAGCUGCUGCCUGGGCCCUCACUGGAGCCGGUCUCCAACCCCAGACGACAGCUUCAAUGAAAAAAGUAUCGAAGGAUGUUACAGAAGUAUCGUGGGGCCCCAGUAGUCAAUUCAAGGCCACCAUUCGGCACGCCCCCCUCGGGAUCGAGUUCUGGUCUGGUGAAGAGAAGCACGUCGUGUUCAAUGGUCGGGGGUUCUUGAAUGUCGAGCAUUGGCGACCAAAGGUUGAGAGACCUGCGGUCGAUGAGAAUAGCACCGAAUCACAGCCCGCAGAACUCACGGAAGACGAGAGCACUUGGUGGGACGAGAGCUUCGGAGGCAAUACUGACUCGAAGCCCAGGGGCCCGGAAAGUGUUGCAAUGGACAUCACCUUCCCCGGAUACGGGCACGUCUACGGGCUCCCCGAGCACGCAGGGCCUUUGUCAUUGAAGGAGACCCGUGGAGGAGACGGAAACUACGACCAGCCAUAUCGAAUGUACAACAGUGAUGUUUUUGAGUACGAACUCGACUCUCCAAUGACCCUGUACGGAUCUAUACCAUUCAUCCAUGCUCACCGAAAGGGUUCCACAGUCGGUGUCUUCUGGCUGAAUGCCGCUGAGACCUGGGUGGAUAUUGUCAAGACGAAACACGACACAAACCCGCUGACACUAGGUCUCACCGGUGGAGUCGUCGACACACAUACACACUGGAUGUCUGAAAGCGGUCUUCUGGACGUGUUUGUCAUGCUCGGUCCAACACCUCAAGACGUUUCCAAAUCAUACGGGGAGCUCACUGGCUACACGGCAAUGCCUGCAUCGUUUGCCAUUGCUUACCAUCAAUGCAGGUGGAACUAUGUGAGCGAUGAGGACGUGAAGGAUGUGGACCGCAAAUUUGACAAAUACAAUAUCCCCUACGAUGUCAUCUGGCUCGAUAUUGAAUAUACCGACGACAAGAAGUACUUCAACUGGGAUCCGUUGAACUUUCCAGAUCCUAUUUCGAUGGAGAAGCAACUCGAUGAGACCCAACGCAAGCUAGUCGUCAUCAUCGACCCACACAUCAAGAACAAAGAGGGAUACUUUGUUGUGGACGAGCUCAAGAGCAAAGGUUUAGCGGUCAAGAACAAGGAGAACAACAUUUUCGAAGGAUGGUGCUGGCCCGGGAGCUCUCACUGGAUCGACGCUUUCAAUCCGGCCGCCAGAGCCUGGUGGAAAUCUCUGUUCACGUUCGAUCGAUUCAAAGGCACGCAAUCGAACGUGUGGCUGUGGAAUGACAUGAAUGAGCCAUCUGUCUUCAACGGACCAGAAAUCACCAUGCCCCGGGAUAACUUGCACCACGGCAACUGGGAACAUCGUGACCUGCACAACAUCAACGGCAUGACCUUCCACAACGCCACGUACCACGCUCUUUUGGAACGCAAAAAGGGAGAGGUGCGACGGCCAUUCGUGCUCACUCGAUCAUUCUACGCAGGUUCACAGAGAUCUGCGGCAAUGUGGACCGGUGACAACCAGGCAAACUGGGAACACCUGGCGGCAUCGAUCCCCAUGGUUCUCAACCAAGGUGUUGGCGGAUUCCCCUUCGCCGGCGCCGAUGUGGGGGGCUUCUUCGGUAACCCAAGCAAAGAACUGCAGACGAGGUGGUACCAAGUCGGUGCAUUCUAUCCCUUCAUGCGUGGUCAUGCGCAUAUUGACACGCGGAGGCGUGAACCCUAUAUGCUCGGGGAGCCAUAUACCGGGAUCAUGACCCAGGCCUUACGGCUCCGUUAUUCGCUUCUGCCGGCGUGGUAUACGGCUUUCCACGAAGCCGCGACAGACGGGUACCCUAUCGUGCGAGCGCAGUACUUCGUGCAUCCAUCAGAUGAAAAGGGUUUUGAGAUUGACGAUCAGAUGUACCUCGGUUCUUUUGGGUUGUUGGUCAAGCCUGUCACCGUCGAAGGAGGGGAAUCCGUGGACGUCUAUUUGUCCGACGACGAGAAUUACUACGACUACUUUGACUACACGACCUAUGCUGGCGCUAGCUCCAGGACGCACAAGAUCGAUGCGCCCCUGGACAAGAUCCCCUUGCUCAUGCAAGGCGGCCAUAUCAUCCCCCGGAAAGACAGACCGAGGAAGAGUUCCGGGUUGAUGAAGUGGGAUCCAUACACUCUUGUCGUUGUCUUGGAUAAGCACGGCGAGAAAGCCGAGGGAACGCUCUAUGUGGAUGAUGGCGAGACGUUUGAUUACCAGCAGGGUGCGUACAUCCACCGCAAAUUCACAUUCGGGGAUGGGAUCCUACAGAGCAGCGAUAUUGGCACGACCAAAGGUGCAAAGACCGCCGCAUACCUAAAGGCCAUGAAGGAGGUCAGGGUUGAGAAGAUCAUCGUGGUCAACGCGCCCGCUGCGUGGUCAUCCGUUGGAGAACUCGUCGUAUCAGAAGACGGCGUCAAGGGGGACAGGAAGGUCGAAAUAAGCUAUCACGGUGCAGUUGGGAACAAGGCCGCUUGGGCCGUGGUCAGGAAUCCCGGGAUGGGCAUUGGCGUCGAUUGGAGUGUGAACUUCCCCGGGAGCGGUGCGAGCUCGGGCUCCGGCCCAAAGAGUGAAUUGUAA